AUGUCGAUCAGGAUAGCGCUCGACAAUGCGCCCGAGUUCUACACCAAUCUCGACUCCGUCACCGGCCGCGUCGUGCUGCACCUGAGCCGGCCCGAGCAGAUUGGCGGCAUCGUCGUCAAGCUCGAGGGCGAGUCCAAGACGGCUCUCGGCCUACCCCAGGGCUACGACGAUCGCGCCCCGCGACCCGGCGGCGGCCCCGGGAGCAUCGCCAGCGAGAACCACAAGAUCCUCUACCGCGUCGCCCAGGUCUUCCCGACCUACGAGGAGGACCUCGGCGGCGGUAGCUCGAGCUUCGCCCAGAGCUACAUGAUCCAGGGCGGCCAGCACGAGUUCCCCUUCACCUUCAAGCUGCCCAUCAACAAUGCCUGCAGCGACCCCGUCGCCAUGUCCAAGAUCGGGGGCAUCGGCGGCAUGGGGGGCUUCGGCGCCGGGAUCGGGCCUUUCGGCCUCGGCGGUGCCAGGGUCAUGGACGGGAGCAAGCAGCUGUUCCUCCAGCACGUCACCAAGACCCUGCCGCCGUCCUUUACCGGGUUCCCCCGCCAGGCCGAGGUCCGGUACUACCUCAAGGUGACGAUCCAGCGACCCGGGUUCCUGAAGGAGAACUGGCGGUACCAGAUCGGCUUCAAGUUCAUGCCCAUUGAGCCUCCUCGGCCGCCCAAAACAACACAGGAAGCCUUCGCCCGGCGACCCUUUACCUUCAAGCCGCGUGCGCAGGGUUUGUACAAGAAGAAGUCCUCCCUCUUCAGCUCAAGCAAGGACGAGAGCACCACUGCCGACUCCGGCGCCGUACCGCCGUCCAUCGAGCUCUCGGCGCGCCUUCCGCACCCGCCCAUCCUCACCUGCAACCAGCCCCUGCCGCUGCGGCUCAUUGCCAAGAAGCUCAUCCCCUCGCAUGAGCAGGUCUUCCUGACCUCGAUCCAGAUCGAGCUCGUCGGCAAGACGCACGUGCGGUGCCACGACCUGUUCAACACCGAGGUGAGCAAGUGGGUCGUCGUCACGCAGACGGGGCUCAGCGUGCCCAUCCUCAAGGACCCGGCCUCGGAGGACCUCUCGCUCGAGUCCGUCAUCCCGGACGACCUGUGGCGGAACAUCCCGCUGCCCAACACCGUCGCCCCAUCCUUUGUCGCGUGCAACCUCCAGCGCCACUACGAGCUCGACAUCCAGCUGGGGCUGUGCUGGGGGAAACCGCCCAGCCCGCGCGGGUUCCUGAGCUCGUCGAAAGAGAACCCGGCGGCGCAGACCAUCUUUUUGCCGUUGCACUUCUCCAAAGUCCAGAUCUACUCGGGCGUCGCGCCGCCGCCGCAGCUGCUGGAGGCCUUGGCGGCGCAGGCCAACAGGCCCGGCGCCGCGACGCUGAGCGUGCCGCCGAGGUUGCCCCCACGGACGGCGCAGUCCGCGCCCGUGACGCCGACGCAGCAGUAUCGUCCUGGACAGCAACGGCCACCGGCGGCGGCGGGACCGGGAUCGCAGGCGCCGCAGUAUGACCCGCUAUAUCCGCCGCAGAUCGGCACGCCAGGGGCUGCGGGCUUCGACGAGGCGCCGCCGAGCUACGACGAGGCCAUGGCCGCGGACGCGUCGGCGCCCGAGGAGAGGCCGGCGUAUAGCGGUGUGACGAACGAGAACGCGCCGAGUCAGAUCCCAGAGAAGAGUUAG